GCUGGGAGAGGCAGCGCGGUGUUUAUCCAUCCCCUGGGCACGGUGUAUCCCGAGAUAAACCGGCUCGGAUGGUAGGGACCGAGCCAGGAAAGGCAGAACGGUGUUUAUCCAUCCCCUGGGCACGGUAUAUCCCGGGAUACCCCGGCUGAGCUGGCAUGGAACGGGCUGGGAGAGGCAGCGCGGUGUUUAUCCAUCCCCCGGGCUCGUGGGCGAUGAUCCCUGCGUCACUCACCGAGCUAAUUAAGAGCUGAUUAGCGAUCAGCAGCUGCGGGGCAGGUCUCUGAGGUUGUGCACUUGCCUGCGGGACCAGAGCAGCGCCAGCGCAGCCCCCUCCCCUCAGCUCUGGCAAAGCCCACCCUGGGCCGGGACCCCCGAGACGCCUCGGGGAGGGCGAGAGGGACGAGGAGCAGCCGGGACCUCGCACAAGCUGCCUUCCCCAGCCGAGGAAGCUUUUCCCGAGUGUUUUCUUUGGCUCGGGGAGCACAGCGUGCCCGGCAGCCCCCGCAGGUCGCGUUGGGGACCGGGACGUGGCGUGCCAACCCCCGGGAGCUGCAGCCCUGGCUGUACCUGCCGCGGCACACCUGUGCCCAAAUCCCUCCGGAGGAGGAAGGAGCAGGAGAAUUGCAGAUCCCCGGCGCUGCCUCUGCCUGGAGCCCGCCUCUCCAGACCCUGAGGGGCUCCUGGGCACAGAUUUGGGGUGCUGAGAGCCUUGGGGCACCCCAGGAAUUGCAGAAGGGGCUGAGCUGCCUGUCCCAAACCCAGAAAUACAACCAAGCUCCCAGAGCUCGCUGUUCCCACCCGCAUCAGCAGCCCCUGCACAGCCCUCGACGCUUCCCAGCUCCUGCUCAGCCCCAGAGUUCGCUGUGGAAUUCUCCUGACCCGUUAAACAGAACCAGCAGAGCAUUGCUUCCCCCUCGGAUGGGACAAAACCCCCUCGGUGGCAGAGCGGCCCCUCACCACCCCCACGGCCCCAGCUGAGCCAAAAUAUGCCCGGGGCCAGCACGAAGCCGCCGAGUUCCUGUUUGGAAGCCGCUCCUGCCGGGGUUGGUACCUGCACACGGGGUCACCAGCGCCGGGCUUGCUGUUGUGAGCCCCGACUUUAUCAGUGCCCUGGCGCUUCCCCGCUCCCCGUGCCUUCCUUCCGAGCCAAUUGUUGAUCCCGCAGUCUUGGCUGAGCUGGGAAAAAGGGAGAUUUCCUGCAAUUGUUUCGCAGGACUUGCAGAACGAUGCAAAAUUUUCUGCCUAUCAGCCCCCGUCCCCAGCUCCGGGGCAAGGCUUGAGCCCCCUGGCUUCCCCUGCCAGACCGCGGGGCAAUCAAGGCUCUGUGAUUAAUUGCUGCCUGGCCAGAGGUGCUUCUCUGGCGACAUCCGUCUGCCACCGGCUCCUGCGGGAGCGCUGCCCGGGCACAGAGUUCAGCUUUCAGCUUUUCCCCCGAAAAACCCCUGAUCUCACCCUGAUAUCGAGGUGGCAUCAAGGACAUCUUUGUCACCUUUGUUAUAACCCACCCCAACCAGGAUUCCCAGAGCUGGGGCAGGACCUGGGAUGUAUUUUCCCCACAGAAGGAUCCAGGCGGGAUCCAACCUCUUAUCCCAGCGCGGUGACAGUGGAGGGGACACUCGGGAAGCCCCGGGGACCCCCGUCCACCCCCAGGCACCUGCGGCUUCCACACCGACACCUGCCCGGGGCCUCCGUCCCCACCCUGCGGCAAAAUCAAACGGGAGCCGAGUCCCGGCGCUGCAGAUCCAGGGAAAUGUCACCGGGCUGGGCUGUCUCAGGAUGUCGCACCACGGCGGUCAUUUCCUGCCCAGCGAGCGGCCACCGAGCCCACCCCGGCUCCGUGCCCAGAGGCGCCUGAGCUGCCGAGCCGAGAGGAUCCCCCCGCCCCGAGCAGCCCCAGAGCAGCCCUCGCCCAGCCGCCGCCACCAGGAUGGCCGAGGUGACCACUGUCCCCACGGAGACACACACUGUCCCCAGUGAGUACGGGGACUACCACAACCUGUCCGAGCUGUUCUACCUCCUGAACCACACCUACACCUACUGCGAGUUCAGCCUGGACGAGAACAUCAAGCGAGUGGUUCUCUUCAUCCUCUACCUGGUCAUCUUCGUGGUGGGCUUGGUGGAGAACCUCCUCGUCAUCUGGGUCAACUGGCAGACGCGGGGCCACAAGAGCUUGGUCAACCUCUACAUCAUCAACAUGGCCAUCGCCGACCUGGGCGUGCUGCUCUCGCUGCCCGUCUGGAUGCUGGAGGUGAUGCUGGAUUACACCUGGCUCUGGGGCAGCUUCCUCUGCCGCUUCACCCACUACUUCUACUUCGCCAACAUGUACGCCAGCAUCUUCUUCCUCACCUGCCUGAGCGUGGAUCGCUACGUGACCCUGACCAGCUCCUCCCUCUUCUGGCGCCGGCACCAGCACCGCGUGCGCCGCGCGGUCUGCGCCUGCAGCUGGGUCCUGGCCGCCGCCAUCCCCGUGCUGGAGGUGGCUCACAUGCAGCUGGUCAACACCGGGGAGCCCAUCUGCAUCUUCAUGGCUCCUUUUGAGACCUACGACGAGUGGGCGCUGGCGGUCAGCCUGGCCACCACCACCAUCGGCUUCCUCAUCCCCUUCCCCGUCAUGGCGGUGUUCAACGUGCUGACAGCGCGGUUCGUGCGGCGCGCCAAGCCGGAGAGCCGCAAGCACUGCCUGCUGAUCUACGCCUACAUCGGGGUGUUCCUGCUCAGCUGGCUGCCCUUCCACGCCGUGCUGACGCUGCUCACCCUCGAGGGCAACCACAUCGUCCUGCACUGCACCUUCGCCCACUUGCUCUACUUCUUCUACGACAUCAUCGACUGCUUCACGCUGCUGCACUGCGUCGUCAACCCCAUCCUCUACAACUUCCUCAGCAAGAACUUCCGUGGAAAACUCAUCUCUGCCGUGGUCAAGUACAUCCCCAAGGAGCACGGUGGCCAGAAGGGCGCUGGAAAUUCCUCCUCCAGCACGCAGCACUCCAUAGUCAUCGCGAAGGACAACAGCCCUCCCAACUAAGGGGGGUCAGACUCUCCCAGUUUUGGUCGUGGUGGCUCCCUGGGGGCGGUGGGGUUGGUUUUCCUGCUGCUGAGGACACGAUUUGCUUGGGCACAGCCUUUCUUGGCUGGGCACCCCCCAUGCCAGGUUUGAGGAGAGCUGGGAGCUACGGACAUCUCGCCUCUGGAGUGCUGUUGUGUCCAACCUAAAGAAAGAAGAGAAAAUGAUAUUCCCUGUUUGACAAGAAGAUGCUAUUCCCUUGCAAUAAUAAAGCUUGUUACUCCACUCAGUGUGUGACACAACCCGGCCCCAAGAGCAGAGCCCCGUCCUGCCCCCAGCUGUGGGGUUGGAGUGCACCAUCUGCCCCACCACGGCUCUUCCUGCACCCCCAAACUGCCCCUGACCCCCACCCUGGGCACGGCACUGCCUGGUGAGUGCCAUCCCGAGAGGGAGAGGAGGAACCACCCCUCUGGAGCACAACCCCCCCUCCACAGUGCCCAGCAACAUCCAGAGCCCGAUUUUUGAGAGAUGAAGGCAAAGGGGCUGAGGAGGGCACAGACCUGAGGAGAGGAACAACUUGGAUUCCAGGUCAGCCACUCCUUCAGAGCAAUUUUGCAAACCCAGUUGUAAAUUUGUGAUGGCUAAACCGGGUUUUGCUGGGAAGGGCUGACUUUGGGUCCUCCACCCCAUUAACUCCAGCCUCCUCUGGAGCAUCCCCUGGCAGGUUUUUAUGGCCACUGGGUAGAUUUCUCAACUCCACCAGACCCCAACACCCCUUCCCCUUCCACCAAACCCCCCGUGGGAGCACGGGCACGUACAGAAAUCCUCAGAGCUGGAGCACAGGCUGGGUUUGUGCCCUGCAAGCAACUGGAGCAUCCGGAGAAAAUUCAUCCUGGCGUGGAUCCUGAUCUCAGUCACGUGCUGGGGCUCGGGCCCUCGCUGGGGGAAGGUGACAGAGAGACCAUAAAUCUCCCGAAGGCCUUGAGCUGCUCGGGGAACACGUGGUGAAAAAAGCAAAGCAUAAGCAGUUCUGGGGACAGGAUGCUGGCGCAGGGGUGGGAGCAGGAUGUCCCAGGAGAAGCCCAUGGCCAGGGGGUGACACGGAUGCGGGGUUAUCACGGGGCUGGCUGGGAAAGCUCUGCCCCUUCCAGGGCUCCCUGAUGGGGGAAAAACCCUCAAUUCCUCAGGGUUCCUUCUGCAGGGAUGCUCCUCUGUAUGCCAGGACAUGAGCACUGAGGGGAGAAUGCAAAUCCACCUUUUACACAGAAACUCUGGGAAUUCCCUGCUCAGGAAUUCCCUUCCUCUGCUCCUCACAGCUGUGAGUGCAGAACCCCAGGGGCUGUGAGACCCCCCGGGCUCAGAUCUGCACCCCACCAUCUUCAUUCCCUGAUCCCAAAUCCUCCCUGAGCUUCCCUUUGCUAAUUCCUUCCUAUUUCCAAUUAAAAAAAAUGGAGGAUAAACACACAACCAGCCACUCACCAGGGCAAAAAUAUAUUCAAGAUACUUCAACAUGUAAAAUUUGGUAUUUCACCUAAUAAACUUGA